AUGUCUGAUCCAAAGAAUAUUUUACCUCAACUACGCAGGGAACUCGCCGAUAAACUCAAGAAUUAUCCUACGACAUUGGAACAUUUCGCUUUUCAAUAUGGAGCGUCGACGUUCAAUAAAUCAAGAUUUGCUUGCCAUGUUAAUUUUAUUUCCACUUGUCUCAGAAGUAACAUCAUCCCGUUUGGAUUUCGAUCUAACUGGAAACCAUCUAUCGCCAAUGUCCAUCCGGACACUGUAUCAAAACACAUUCAGGAUUGUUCCAGACGACUUAUGCGAUCCAGUCUACGGUCAUUUCAAAGGAGCCGUAACACCAAUAGUGACAGGAUGGAACGUUUUCUUAAUCUAAUCAAGGAAUCAUGCAACUAUACCGACUUCAACCAUAUUCGCCAUACGGUCCACGUUCUUAACCGCAAGUACUAUGAGUGUCUCACUGCUAUUAAACAAUCUAAACUGGACAGGCUAUUAUCCGAACAAAAACCGAAUAACGCUACUAUUAGUUUACCUGAUACAUCUAAACUUGUUGUUACAAUCCCAUCUGAUCUCGAUCUCACCGAUGAUGAAAGGUCUGUUCUUUCUAAAGGACUUUCGUUUGUUCCUAAACGUGAAUUUGUUGAUGAUUUCCAAGUGAAGAGCGAUUUAGAACUUUUUUAUCGGAGAUUAAGACUGAAGGCCCGUUUUCAUAACCAUAACAUCCUGCCUAAAGAACAAGAUGAUUUUACUUGUUUAGUCAAGAAUAAAUCUAAUUGGACACCUCCUGCUGGACAGUUCAAAACCUUGGAUCUCUACAUAGAGAAAUGUCGCCACGAUGUUAACCAGAUUAACUUUAAACGCCGAACUAAAUGCAAUAAUUUAUCACACCAAGAAAUAAAAGCCUUGCGUUCACUGAGAAACAACAACAAUUUGGUCAUCAAACAUGCAGAUAAAGGCGGAGCUACUGUAGUAUGGAAAAGGGAACUUUACAUUGCUGAAGGGGAGCGUCAAUUAUCAGAUAAUGCAACGUACCUACCUCUUCUUCAAGACCCGACAGCUCAAGACCAGUCAUUGGUAAGCACUGCUAUUGAUGAUAUGAUUAACAACAACGAACUGCCUCCUACUGCCAAGUGUUUGGUUAACCCGCAUCCAUCCUGCUGA